CAACGAAUUAAAGCCCAUGUCUUUUUGAAGUGGAUAAAUUCCAUGCCCAAGUUACUCACAUUAACCAACAUCGAUAUAAAAGGAACAUUCUAUUUCUAGUAACCCAUGAGGGUCAUUCCUGUAAAUAGAUCUGCCUUCCUUCCUCCUCUCCGUAGACGGUUGUUGCACACAAAGCGAGGUUGGUUUGACCCGAACCUACCCGACCCGUUACUAUAUAUAUAAACACAAAAUGGGUAAAGCAAAGGUGAAAAUCUUAUACGUAGGUCUAUAUCAUUUCCAUAUGAAGUGGAGAUAUAUAUAUAUAGCUAACGAGACCCUAAAUAUUUUUUUCUUUCUUAUAACAUAUAGUUUCAUUUCAUAUAUUUAAAGGCUUCAUAAUACGAAACAAGGUGAUAAGAAAAAAAAAAAGAAAAAAAAAAAGCAAAUUAAAAAUUAAAUCCCUAAAAACAAACGAGCGUAUUGUUAUGAAGGAGGACGAAGAAGAAGAAGCAGUGAUAUCGAACGGCAUGAACGACGACGACGAUACUAACAAUAUUAACAACAGUUCCACUGAAUUUGAUAACAAUCGUAUCGGAGACGGAGACGAUAACAGUAAUCUGAAUCAGAUCAAACAAGUAUGGGGAACGUGGGAGGAGUUGGUGUUAACAUGCGCCGUUAAACGUCAUGCUUUUUCCGAUUGGGACUCCGUCGCUAAGGAGGUUCAGGCUCGUUCCCGGAGUUCUCUCAUCGUUUCCGCCGUCAAUUGCAGGCUUAAGUAUCAAGAUCUCAAACGUAGGUUCCAAGAUUCCGUCGACGUCGGAGACGAAAAUACCGAAGCGGCGGCGAACGAGGAGGAUGAAGUCGGUGAAAUCUCUUGGCUCGAGCAGUUACGGAGUCUUCAUAUGGCGGAGCUCCGCCGUGAGGUUCAACGAUGUGACGACUCGAUACUGUCGCUUCAGUUAAAAGUUAAGAAACUAGAGGAGGAGAAAGACGGAGAUGAUGGGGACAAUAAACCAGAUCUGAAAAACGACGAAACUAAACCGGUGAGAGUUAACCGGGAAACGACGGAGUCUGACCGGGAUGAUAAUAGGUCGAUGAACGAGUCCAACUCAACUGCCUCCGUCGAUAAAAUCGCCGAUCACGACCGAUUAGACGGAGAUAAAAUGGUUAAGGCUAACGAGAAUUCGAGAAAUCCAGAUCCCGAUCCGGUUAAUAAGGCGGAGACGCCGGAGGAGGAAGAAAGAACGGUUAGUAAAAGAUCGGAAAUGAGUAACUCAGGCGAGUUGGAUGAAUCGGGAACGUCCAAUUGUCUUGGAAAGAGGAAAGGACAGAAAUACAGAAGCGGCGGAGGCGGCGGUGGUGUCAAAUCGGCCGGCGAUAAAUCACAGCCGUUGAUAGAUAUCAUUAAGCUUAUUCGGUCUCAUCCCCGUGGUUCCGUGUUCGAAUCCCGGCUUAGGAGCCAGGACACUAAGGAUUACAAGAGGUUGAUAAGGCAGCAUUUGGACAUGAAGACAAUAGAGAAGAAGAUGGAGAAAGGAUCUUAUGUUUCUUCAAGCCUCUCUUUUUACAGAGACCUCAAGCUUCUCUUCACAAACGCCAUUGUCUUCUUUCCUACAUCUUCCUCUGAAUCCAUAGCUGCUCAAGAGCUAAGAACACUCGUCUCAAACGAGAUGAAGAAACGAACGGGAAAAUUGGGUCACUGUGUCAUCAAAUCAGAGGCUGAAUCUUCGGUUUCUAGACAGAAAUCCUCUGUUCUUUCUCUUGUUCCCUGUAAAAAGAAGAGCUCUGCUUUGAAAAAGACGUCUCCUUCUUCAAGCUCUAGACAAAAAGAUGAGAAGAAAUCUCAGGAAGUUUCGGAGGAGAAGAUUGUGACUACUACUGCUACUACUAGUGCAAGAAGCUCGAGGAGAACGAGCAAAGAGAUUGCUGUUGUUGCUAAAGAUACUAAAACGGGAAGAGCCAAGAAUAAUAUUAAGAAACAAACGGAUACGAAAACAGAAUCAUCUGACGAUGAUGAUGAUGAGAAGGAAGAGAAUUCUAAAACAGAGAAGAAGACAGUAGCGGAUAAGAAGAAGAGCGUGGCUGAUUUCUUGAAGAGGAUAAAGAAGAACUCUCCACAGAAAGGAAAAGAAACAACGAGUAAAAAUCAGAAGAAGAAUGAUGGAAACGUUAAGAAAGAGAACGAUCAUCAGAAGAAGAGUGAUGGAAACGUUAAGAAAGAGAACAGUAAAGUGAAACCGAGGGAAUUGAGGAGUAGUACGGGUAAAAAGAAGGUUGAGGUAGAGAAUAAUAAUAGUAAGAGCUCAUCGAAACGAAAACAAACGAAAGAAACAGCAGAGGUGGCUACUGGAAAACGAGGUAGGGAAUCGGGAAAAGACGAUAAACAGCCAAGGAAAAGAAGCAGAAGAUGAAACUGAACUAGCCUGUGGUUAAGCAUUUGUACAUUUGAUGUGCCAGAAGUAUUCAUCAUUCCUCUUAACAUCACUGUUUCGGAGGGAAUCAUAGGUCUUGUUAGGUAUUUAUUCUCAUAGUUACCAGUUUAGUUUUUUUUUUUGUUUAAACUGUGUUUUCCUUGUUAGAGGGUAUAACUAUAGUGGUUAUAAACUGUGUCUUCAUUUAUUUGUCUAGUUUGAUCGAUUCAUGUUCACAAAACCUGAAACCCGGUUUUUACUUUGGCAAUAAAAUCAAAUCUCAAAGAACAUC